AAUACAAUGUUCCCCAGUUUCGAAAGUGUGAUACAAUAUUAUUAUGAUAAAGCACAAUUUUCGAAUCUAUCUGAUUUUUCUAAACGGAACUUGAAUCCCAUCAAAGAAUGGCUUAAAAAUGAGUUGACCCUGAAAAAUGGCAAGGAUAAUAAUAAGUCUAGUAUAAUUCGCAGAAAAGGGAAUGCAUUCUAUAAAGAAAAGUCCUUAAAGAAAUGCUUAGAGUCCUACAAUUUCAGUAUAUGUUGUGCACAAGAUUCUUCAGAGGAAUAUUUCUUAGCCAUGGCUAAUAGGUCAGCAACAACAUUGGACUUGGGAAGAUAUGAAGAUUGUUUGAAGGAUGUUGAAACAUGUUUGAGCUCUUCUAUAUAUCCCAAAGAUUUGAGACCUAAAUUGCUUCUCAGGAAAGGAAAAUGUUUGGAAAAACUUGGUAGGUGCCAAAAGGUCGACAAAUGUUCAGAAGAAAAACUUCCACCCACAAAUAUUACUUCUAUGGGUGACAGUUUAAAAGUAUCCAAGAAUGAGAGGCAACAAAAUGAAAAUAUGUAUGAACUACCCUUAUUUGAAGAAGGGGAAAAUCCAAAGUUUGCAUAUGCAUCUUCUAGAAUAGAUAUCAGGUAUAAUGAGCAAAAAGGAAGAUAUGUGGUGGCCGAGCAAACUAUACCAAAAGGGGAUAUUAUAUUUAUAGAAAAAGCAUUUGCUUUUGCAAAUAUAUUUGAUGAGCAUUCAAGAAUGAUGAAUAUGUUUAAGUGUUAUCAAUGUCUCAAAAACACAUAUAGUGGAGUUCCGUGCAGAUAUUGUUCGAAAUGUAUUUUCUGUGAUUCUGAAUGUAGGAAUAAAUCCUGGGAAGAAUCACAUAGGUGGGAAUGCCAAGGUAUGCUAGGAAACAUUUGGUGCCAUUUAGGAAUUGCAUUUCCAGCUUUUCGUGCAUUACUAAAGGGAUUCAAUUCAAGCUUUGAAGAAAUCGAAACGAAUGAUGUAGAAUGUUUCGGAAACAAACAAGACAAUUAUCCUUUCUUCAAUAGUUUGAUCUUCAAUAAAAACAACAAACAUCUAGACGUUUCUAUAAUGAGUUUAACCGUUUCCACAUAUCUUAGGGAAUAUACAAAUUAUUUUGAUUGGCUUCUUUCCCAAAAAAAAAAUUCCAAGUUGAAUAUUGAUCAUAUUGUGACAUCCUUUGAAUCUCAACUUGUCAAGCACAUUCUGCAAUUCCAAAAUAACAGUUCAAUAAUAGAGCACUGGCUAGAAGGGGAAACGUUACCAUUAGAUAAAGAACCAGUAGCAUGUGGUAUUUUUCCCUCAGUUAGCAUAAUGAACCAUUCAUGCAAACCUAAUAUCACCAACUAUUUUGUGUGUGAUACAAUAGUGGUAAAAGCACUGGAAACUAUCAAAGAAAAUGAAGAAAUAUAUAAUUGCUAUGGCAUCUACUACAGGGAUAUGAAUAGAAACGAACGGCAAAAUAAUUGUUCCCAACUUUAUCAGUUUCAAUGCAGAUGUGUGAUUUGUUCAGAUCCCACCAAAGAAAUGGAUGCUUUUGAUUCAUUCAAAUGUCCUCAAUGCAAUAUCCCUAUCAUAAAUAGUAAUGAAUUGCCAUUUUUAUGCAGGGAUUGCGGCAGCAAAUUGGAUUUUUCAAUUCUUAUGCAUAUGUAUCAGAGCAUUGAACUAGGGGGUGAAAAUGAACUUGUGUCACUAGUCAACUUUUUAGAAAGUAAAAAAAGAAUUCUCAACAGAUAUCACGCAGAUGUGCAAAAUAUUUAUUUUAAAUUAUAUAAGCUGCAUGAAAAGAGAGGUAACUACAAAUGUAUGUUGGAGUGUUUUGAAGAAUGGUUCAGAGUUGAAAAAGUUAAGGUUGGACAAGAUGUUCAACUGUUUGGUGUUCUUCUUUAUGAAGUUGGUUCUGUUUUGCUUUCUAAACUGGGCACAACUCAUGUGGAAAACAAGAAGAUGCUUUCAAAAGCUCAGAGAUUCAUGAGAGAAGCAAUACGUAUUUGCAAAUUGCAUUAUCCUCCUUAUAUUGUUGAGAAAAUAUUGACUGAAAAUAAUUGUGCAAUCAAAAUGUGGUUAGAAACAGCCUAAUUCAUAGGAGGAAAAUUUUAAAGUGAGCUAACAAUGGGAAUAAUAAAAAUGAGCCUUUUCUAUUUU